GAGAGCGGAGACCCGCCCCGCCCUGCCCCGCCCCAUCUAGUUUCACCCAGGUGGAGGUGCAAAGGGACAGGGCGGUGGUUUAACAGCGCGCCCGGAUGGCCCAGGGGGAGGAGUCACUGCUGCUGCUGCCGCCGCCGCCACCACCCCCUGCGCGUCCCAGGUGUAACCGGAGCCGGGAGGGUGCGGCGAAUCACCACCACCUGCGGAACCUGUCGAGCAGCUCACUCGGGCUUGCAGUUCGUGCACGUAUCGCUCAGUCUCCUUCGCCCGCGCUCCAGAGGACUUUUUCUCUGGCCUCUCCGCCAGCUCUCCGCGCCCCGCCACCGGCCGAGUCAUGAAGCCGCUCUACGGGGUUGCGCUCCUGCUGCUCUGCGCCGUCGCCUGCGCCCAGGAGAGUACAUGCAACUGCCAGAAGAACAAACGUGUGAACAGCUGCAGGCUGUCCAACGGCGUCUGCUGGUGCACCUCGAUCGGCUCCGACGUGUCCGUGAACUGCGAGACUUUGACUUCAAAAUGCUUGUUGAUGAAAGCAGAAAUGUCGCCCUCAAAAUCGGGUCGUCGUUUGAAACCAAAAGAUGCAUUUGAAGAUACUGAUGGCCUUUAUGAUCCAGAGUGUGAAAAUAAUGGUGUUUUCAAGGCAAAGCAGUGCAAUGGAACAACCUGUUGGUGUGUGAAUACAGCUGGUGUUAGAAGAACUGACAAACAUGAUGCAGACUUAAAGUGCAAUCAAUUAGUCAGAACAACGUGGAUUAUCAUUGAAAUGAAACAUGCUAAGAGAAACUCUCCUCUGAACACUGAAUCUUUGAAGAAGUUCUUCAGGGAUACAAUUAUCAGUCGUUACAUGCUGGAUGGACGCCAUAUAAGUAGUGUUCUGUAUGAAGAACCUUACAUAACAAUUGAUUUGAAGCAAAAUUCCUCAGACAAAGCUCCUGGAGAUGUGGAUAUAGCAGAUGUGGCCUACUACUUUGAAAAAGAUGUAAAAGGUGACUCCAUCUUUCAUAAUGACAGUCUAAAUAUCAUCUUUGAUAAUGAGAAGCUGAAUUUUGAGAAGACAGUGGUCUACUAUGUUGAUGAAAUUGCACCGGAGUUUUCCAUGAAGUCUCUGACUCCUGGCCUUAUUGCUGUCAUUGUAGUAGUAGUAAUAGCAAUAAUUGCUGCAAUUGUUGUUUUGGUUCUGACAAGGAGGAGGAAAGGGAAGUACGUGAAAGCAGAGGUAAAAGAAAUGAAUGAAAUGCGUAGAGGGCUGAAUGCGUAAUUAAAUCAGAUGAAGACAAAGUAAGAGGCAAACAAGAAGGCAGCAGAAACAUUGGAGGCAUGGGUCUUAACUCAUUAAAUGUUCCUUCUGAAGGGGAGGCAAUUGUGCUCAAUUAAUGAUUGCUAAUCUAACAGACAAGACUGGUAACCAUGCUAUUACUUCUACUGUUUGUUGAUAGUUAAAUCUGAAGUGCCCCAUCUCACUCAAAUUAAAUUUAACUAUUGCUCUCUGAUUUUUUUUUUAUUUUUUUAUGAUUAAAUUAGUUGACAGCUGCUGUUACUAGGGUUUUGGAGCAUACAUGCUUAAAUGGUUAUUUUAGCCUUGUGGGAGGUUUAUUGAAAAUAAUAGGUUUUGUAACCAUAUUGUAAUAAGACUGUCUCCUGUGUCACUGAACAUGAUGUUUUUAUGGUUGUUUGUACAUAUUUGAAGUUGCUGUAACUUUUUUAUAACUUGAAUUAAUAAAACUGAAAUAGGCUUCUAAUUCUUCCAUGUUGAAAUGAUGAUGCCAAGUUACACUGCUGAAUUUUUAAGCAUAUUUCCUUAAAGCAAGCAACCUCAGCACAAGUGAAAAUGUCCUAGAACUCCAAUUAACAAAGUUUGUAUUAGCCAUCUACUAUCUCAAUAAUAUUUUUUUUUCUUAAAGCUGUGAAAAGGAUGCUUUAUCCUAUUUCCCCC